AUGAUAACGUCUAAUGGGAGAGAUGGCUCAAAGAUGAUUCUGUACGACUCUUUGCACACAACUGAAGCAGAAAAUCUCAAGGAAGCAUGCAUGAAUGUAAUAGAGAAAAAAGAGUCUGAAAGCGGAAUGAGCUUGUCGUGUAUUUUUGAGCAAUUCAGGCAGAUAUGCUGCUGCAUGGACAGUUUUGAAAUGGACAUGGCUGUAAAUGAAUCUCUGCUUUCGUUAAUGCAGCAUUUGGAAAGGAAUGCAUCAGGCGUAGAAGGACUGUUCAUCAACACUCGGUCCUCAGAAAGCAUGAACAGCUGUGUGAGUCUGCUUGAGUUUAACGAGAAGAUAGAUUAUGAAAAGAUUGAUGUGCUUGACUUAGCGAUGGCAUUCAGGGUAUAUGUUGAAAAGAACCUAAAAGCAAUUAUUCCAGUAAAAGUACGGCAAAGUGUAAUAGAGGCAUACAAAAGCAACGAUGAAGAAAGGAAAAAGGUGAUUAUAUCGAGGAUUCCAUUUGUAUUAAAUGAUUCGCACAGGAUAUUCCUGAAGUCGCUGAAGAGAGUGUUCCAGUCGAUGCAGGAUGGCGUUGAAGAUGUGCAGCGCAAGAUGGAUGAAGUGUAUGAAGUAUUUGGUCCACUGGUUGUUAGAAAGUCUGAAGACAUGUUCGAUACAAGUACUUCUGUACUGAAGCAGAUUUUGGUUGAUUUGAUGAAUGCAAAUUUUGACGAACUUCCGAAGUCAUUUUUUAGCGCAGCAAACGGAAUCCAGAAUGGAAGUUAG